CGAGAACGGCACCUACUGUACAUUGAGGAACCAGUGGGGCAGAGCCCCCUCCUUACCUCUCUCUCGACUCCACUUCACUCUCCAGUAGCACCUGCACCAUGGACGUCGGUCGUCUCCUCAGGCUCUGGGUGGUGCCAACCCUCAUGUACUCCAUCCUCUACUCCAUCUCGUUGUUCUACGGCGCGCUGUUCAUCGUCCGCUUCCUGUACCGCUGGGUGCGCGCCCCCUCGGUCCACUUCUGGAAGGUCAAGUCCAGGGAGGUCCCUCCGAAGUGCCUGAACGACCCUGCCCUCGGCAACCACGCUUAUGUCCAACUCAAGUAUGUGAAACUUCAUUACGUAGAGGCUGGGGACAAAACCAAGCCUUUGAUGCUGAUGCUGCAUGGGUUCCCGGAGUUUUGGUACUCCUGGAGACACCAGCUGAAGGAAUUCUCCAAAGAUCACUGGGUGGUGGCUGUAGACAUGAGAGGGUACGGGGACUCGGAGAAACCAGAGGGACGCUCCUUCUACAGACUCAGGUAUCUGGUAGAGGAUGUGAAGAACCUUGUGGAAGCGCUAGGUCGGGAGGAGUGCACCCUGGUGGCACAUGACUGGGGCGGCGUCGUCGCCUGGUACUUUCUCAUGAUCUACCCGAAGAUGGUCUCCUCUUACGUCAUCAUGGGAACUCCUCAUCCAGUGGUGUUUCGAAAGAUGCUAAUCAAAAGUUUCUCUCAGUUCCGCAAAUCAUGGUACAUAUUCUUCUUCCAACUCCCUUAUCUGCCCGAGCUUUACAUGCGGAUCAGUGACUUGGCUCAGAUCAAGAAAUACUUUGCGACAAAGAAGAGUCCAUCUCCAUUCUCAGAGGAAGAUGUGGAAGCCUACAAGUUUACUUUUGGAAAACCAGGAGCCCUAACUCCGCCCAUCAACUUCUACCGCGCCACCCUCGCCCCAGACCGAGGGCUUCUCAAGAGACGUGCUACGGACUUCAAGAUGCCCCGGGGGUUGCUGAUCUUCGGGGGCGAAGACCCGUACAUGGAGUUGGAGGCGGUGGACAAGACUAGGAGGAUGGUGUACAACCUGACUACAGAGGUGGUUCCCGGUGCUGGUCACAGUGUACAACAAGAGGUGCCUGAUGCGGUGAACAACCUCAUGCGAGAGUUCCUCAAGGCAGGGUUCGAGGACCAAGUGAAAAGUGAAUGAUCCUGAACCAGGAAGUCUUCAGGAUAUUAUAAAGACUCUACUGAAACGCCUGGUCUGCUGUAGAAGGAUAAGGUCCUAACUUAGGUUAUGAAAAGUUCUUUGUUUUUAAUUUAAUUUUUUGUUGAAUACAUGUUUUUUUACUUUGA